AUGCAAUUACCAAAAUAUGAGAAUAAACCAUUCAAACCUCCAAGGAGGGUUGGAUCAAGUGGGAGCGCGCAACCCAAAUCAAAUACCACAGUUAAAACUGCCCCCAUACCUACAGUAAAAAUUGCUACCAAGAAAAGAAAUAUCCCGGCGGGAGCUGCUUCAAAUGUUGCUAAAAGGCGUGAUAAUCUAACCCCAAAUGAAAGUAUUAGAUACUUCACUACCAUGUAUAGGAAGCCUACUACCAAAAAGCACAAGACUUGGAGUGGUGAUGGUUAUGCCACUUUAAAACUAAACAGUAGCAAGCUAGCUUUCUACAAUGAAGCAGGGAAAUUAUUCGGAUCGAAUACGCUAACGAGUGAUCCUAAUUCUCUUUUAGAAACUAUUUUCAAAGUGGGUCCUAACGAAGUACAGUUAGAUUAUGAAUUGAAAGAACUAGCAGAAGUAAAUAGUGCCAGACAAGUUAUAAUACAAGCGAUGGGAAAUGUCAGCUCCGCCACUAUUGCACCAGUUAUAGCUCCCUCUACGAAGAAUGAUGGUGGCAAAUAUCAAAUGCCUCUGUCGCAACUAUUUACGUUGAACACGGUAAAAAAGUUUAAAUCAGUAACAAAGCAAAUGAAUGAACACAUGACCUCUCCAACGCAAAGCAGUCAAAGUUCAAAGGUCAGGAAGUAUUAUCCAGUUUUUGAUGUUCGCAAAAUUGAUAAUCCUUUGGUAAUGAACAAAAAUUCUUCUGCAGAAGUCGACGUAAUUGUUGAUCCAUUACUGGGUAAGUUUUUACGCCCUCAUCAAAGAGAAGGAGUGAAGUUCAUGUACGAUUGUAUAAUGGGUUUGGCAAGACCAACUGUUGAGAAUCAGAAUAUUGAUUGUACUACUAAGAGUUUAAUGUUAGAAAAUGACUCAGAUAUCAGUGGAUGCCUAUUAGCUGAUGAUAUGGGUCUGGGUAAAACAUUAAUGAGUAUAACUUUGAUUUGGACAUUAAUUAGGCAAACUCCUUUUGCGUCGAAAGUUCCUUGCUCACAAUCAGGUAUACCAUUAAGUGGCCUUUGUAAAAAGAUUUUAGUUGUUUGUCCUGUCACUCUGAUAGGAAACUGGAAAAGAGAAUUCGGAAAAUGGUUAAAUUUAUCAAGAAUAGGUGUUCUGACACUAAGCCCAAGAAACUCUCCUGAUAUGGAUAAAAUGGCCGUCAGAAAUUUUCUGAAAGUACAACGAACGUAUCAAGUUUUGAUCAUUGGUUAUGAAAAAUUGCUAAGUGUGUCCGAAGAAUUAGAGAAAAAUAAACAGCUGAUUGAUCUGUUGGUAUGCGAUGAAGGGCAUCGACUAAAGAAUGGUGCUUCUAAAAUUUUAAAUACAUUAAAAAGUUUAGACAUAAAGAGGAAACUUUUGCUUACAGGAACUCCAAUACAAAAUGAUCUUAAUGAGUUUUUCACUAUUAUAGACUUCAUAAACCCUGGCGUCCUUGGAAGCUUUGGCUCUUUUAAAAGAAGGUUUAUCCUUCCUAUAACAAGAGCUAGAGACACUGCAAAUAGAUACAACGAAGAAUUGUUGGAAAAGGGAGAGGAAAAAUCAAGAGAAAUGAUAGAAAUCACGAAGAGGUUUAUUUUGCGAAGAACAAAUGCAAUCCUAGAGAAGUAUCUCCCUCCAAAGACAGAUAUAAUUCUAUUUUGUAAACCAUACGACCAACAGAUCUUGGCCUUUAAGGAUAUCUUACAGGGUGCACGUUUGGAUUUUGGGCAAAUGACAUUCAGUUCUUCGCUGGGACUAAUAACUUUACUAAAAAAGGUUUGUAAUUCUCCUGGAUUGGUUGGUUCAGAUUCAUAUUACAAUUCACAUAUAAAGGAUACCCAAUCUCAAGGAAUUUACAGUCGUUUUUUGAACUCUGGUAAAUUAAAGGUUCUAAUGACAUUACUCGAAGGUAUUAGAAAGCGUACAGAAGAAAAGGUUGUUGUAGUGUCUAAUUAUACCCAGACAUUGGAUAUAAUUGAGAAUUUGAUGAAUAUGGCUGGAAUGUCACAUUGCAGGCUUGAUGGUUCUAUACCUUCGAAACAAAGAGACUCCAUUGUCACAUCCUUUAAUCGGAAUCCGGCCAUAUUUGGAUUCCUGUUGAGCGCAAAAUCUGGAGGCGUAGGAUUGAACCUGGUAGGUGCCUCGCGUCUUAUUUUAUUUGAUAAUGACUGGAACCCUUCGGUGGAUUUACAAGCGAUGUCAAGGAUCCAUAGGGAUGGCCAAAAAAGACCAUGCUUUAUUUAUAGACUCGUCACAACUGGUUGUAUUGAUGAGAAAAUACUACAGAGACAACUAAUGAAAAACAGUUUGAGUCAAAAAUUUUUAGGUGAUUCUGAAACGAAAGAUAAAGGUACUUCUAAUGAUGACCUUUUCAACAAGGAGGACCUGAAAGACCUGUUUUCUGUCCAUACAAACACCAAAAGUAACACUCAUGACUUGAUCUGUUCGUGUGACGGUUUGGGUGAAGAAAUUGAGUAUGUUGAAAAAAAUCAAGAACAGGACGUUGUAGAAUUAAAGAAGUGUAUGCCUACUACAUGGACUAGUGCUCUGGAAUUACAAAAGGAAAUGAAUGAAACAGCCACUAGAAAUGACGCUAGAAAGUCGCAGUCCAUUAGACAAUGUCUUAUUCAUUAUAAACAUAUCGACCCUGCAAGACAAGAUGAAUUAUUUGAUGAAGUUAUCACUGAAUCAUUUGCCACGUUGAAAGACGAUAUCACUUUUGCAUUCGUGAAGCCCAGCGAGAUAUGUCUUAAAUAA